GCUUCCCGAAGCUUGCAGUCAAGGCUCGGGGCACGGCCUGGUUCCCUCAGGCUCUUUCGAUUCUGCUGGCAACCGGUUCUGUACCUGUGUGGCCUAGGGGACUGCUGAAGGGGGCCCGGUCGCCCUGGCGAGCCCCAGCUGUGGCUCCUCGGACCACCCUGCCCAACAGCCCCUCCUCCCCAUAGACACAGACCCAAAUCUGUACUUGCCGCUGAGAGGAGCCCCGGAUCCCAGACCUGAACCAGCGAGAAAGCCCCCUGAACGAUGGGUGAGACGUUCUCCCAGCUGGGCUCUCAGGAGGAUGAAAACAAGCCAAUUCUACGUCCUGCCGCAGCCAUCGUCAGCAAGGCUGCCAGAUACGCCAGCGACGGCAGCAGCAAAUUGUUUUCUUCCUGUGCAUCUUGUGAAAGGGCUGCUGGUGCCAGCUUUGUGACUUGUCCCACCUGCCAGGGCAGUGGGGAGAUCCCUCGAGAGCUAGAAAAGCAGCUGGUGGCUCUCAUCCCCUAUGGGGACCAGAGGCUGAAGCCAAGGCACACGAAGCUCUCCGUGUUCCUGGCGGUGCUCGUCUGCCUCGUGACCGCCGCCCUCCUCGUGUUUUUCCUGUUUCCCCGCUCCAUCGCCGUGCAGCCCGCGGGCCUCAACUCCUCCACUGUGGCCUUGGACGAGGCUGAUAUCCACCUCAACAUAACGAAUGUCUUGAACGUCUCCAAUAGCAACUACUACCCCAUCACGGUGACCCAGCUAACCACUGAGGUCCUGCAUCUGUCCCUCAUGGUGGGGCGGGUCUCCAGCAGCCUCCUCCUCCACAUUGGCCCUUUGGCCAGUGAACAGAUUUUUUAUGGAGUAGCCAACGAGAUCGGGGAUGAAAACACAUACAAAAUCUGUAGCUGGCAGAAAAUCAAUGUCCACCAUGUGCUUUUGCACAUCCAGGGCACCUUGACCUGCACCUACCUGAGCCAUGCGGAGCAGCUGGUCUUCCAGAGCUAUGAGUACGUGGACUGCCGGGGAAACAGGUCAGCACCCCACUCGCUGGUGCCGCACCCGCCGUGACCUGGCUGCUGUCCCCAAACUCCGGGAGCCUGCCAGCCUGCUCUGCAUCUCACAGCUCUGCCGUGCCCCACAAAGGACUCUGGUGACUGCUCUGUCAUGCCCUCCCACGCGCCCCCCACUCUCCCCACUAAGCGCAGGAAGCUUUCUGUGGAAGGCAACUGCGCACACGCACAGCAGUAGCCUCUGAUUUCCACGGGCUCGGAGGCCCAGCUCUGCUAGGGGCUGCCGCCAGCCUUUCCUCUCGGGCUGCCUAGGGGAAAGCCUGAGCUGGUGUUUCCUGGGAGGCCUUGCAGCGGGCCCUGCCUCUCUGUUCUGAGCACCUGAGCUGCCCAGCUCCUCAGGUCUGGCCUUUCCUCCUGCCUCCGUGUGGAGGAAGCUUUAAUUUUUUUCUGGCUUUAGAAACAUGACUUCUUCCCAGGCUCCCCACCUAGUGAUAGGGAAGCAACUCAGGGGAGAGGGGGCAUUCAGUGCUGACUCUAGGGUCUCUCAGGGUACACAGGUGUUCUCCUGUGCCUCCCAGCUGUGGUCGUGUGACAAAGGGAUGGUGAUGGGCCGCUUCUCCCUGGUAACUUGCCCCUGCCCAUCUGACAGCCGGAUUGGCUGAGGCCCUUUUAUUCUGCGUCCUUCCUGCUUAAAGGCGGUCCUCAUUCCUAGGAAGACAGCUGUUCUCCAUCCCACGCUUCUCUCCACAAAACAGUUUUUUAUUCUCUUCACAGUAGGAGCAAAGUAGUAGGGGAGGGGAGGAAGGUACCUGGCGCCCUUUGGGCCUACAUGGGAAAAUCAGACAAAGCCAGAGUUGUUUUCAAAGGUAUUUAUUGGGAAAGAAAAGUAUUAUUUAUUGAAGGAGCAGGCAUAGCCAGCCAAACAGCACGGCUGUGGCGAAGCUGGCAGCACCCAGCCGAGUGGCCAGGCUCUGCCGCACUAGGACGCAGCGUCUGCUGCCGGAGGCAUCUGCUUUGCUUUGGCCAUUGGCUGUCUGGAGCAGCUCCUCAGGAGGGCCAUGUCUAGACCCCUCCUGUCUCUGCUGUCACUCAGCUGAAACUAAGCUCCAGGGACUCCAGGCCCCACAGGGCUCUGAGCAGAGGCAGCUUCUCUAGCUGAGCAGAAAUGGUGUUUGCUCACUAAGGUUUUAUUGGGCAGCAGAGGGAUGAGCUGAGGUGGUGGGGAAAGUCGAACUUGGAGUAGGAUGGGUGGAGGGGGGACUGGUGAUGGAGCCCGCUGGCUGGCAGACUGGGACAACGGGAGGAAGGAGGCUGGACUGUGUGUCUCCACACUUUGCUGUCUAGGCCCCGGGGUCAGGGCGGUGCUGGCCAGAGCACAAAAGUCCAGAAAAGCCAGGCUAGGGCUGCUGCUGAGUGUACGUCACCGAAUGUAAAGAUUUAUAUUGUAAUCAAUAAACUAUACUUAA